AUGGGCUGGAAUCUAAUUGAAUUGCCGAAUAUCGAAGAAGAAUUCAACCCAGAAAACACCUUUUUCAUUGGCCAAGUUUUUAAUUGGAUGAAAGAAGAUAAUAUUUAUGUUGGAUGCUUUGGAAAUAAACUGCUAGAAAUCUACGUGGAACAGUCAGGCAUUAUUUUCUCGUAAAGCAUCUCUGCAUCAUCUACUAAUAACCAAAAGCAAUUUUUUAUAAAAAAAAUAUUUUUUUAUUUUCUCAUCUUUUCUGAGCCCACUCAUUAUAUCAUAAAUGAAAACUCACCCCAGAAGGCACCGAAGAAGAAGUCCGUUCAUAUUUAAAUCUUGAUAUUUCCCUUAUCUCCCUUCUGAAUGACUGAAAAAAAGACUCUUUCUUCAACCAAAUCUACCAAAACCAGCCAGGAGUCCGAAUCCUCAAGCAGCCUGUUUUCGAAUGCUUGAUUUCUUUUAUAUGCUCUCAAAACAACAACGUCAAGCGUAUAAGCCAAAACAUAGAAAGCAUCAAAAUGACCUAUGGCACAGAAAUAUGCGAGAAAUACGGGAAAACCUGAUAUGCAUUCCCAUCACCUGCUGAUCUUUCUAACUCCCCCCCCAAUUAAUAGCGGACGAAAUCAAUUUUUUUUUCCCUAAAAAUGGACCCUUAGGUAUCAUUUAAUAACGGAAAUUUUUUACUAUAAAAAUUUUAAAUUAUAUAAGAUAAUCGUUCAUUAUAAAUUUACUAAUAUACAUAAAAUGAUGGAUGACUUCUGACCGGUCCUCUUGAGACGGUUACCUGUGUAUAUCCGGGCAUGGUUUUUGGAGCCAGGAAUUGGCCCAGCUAUGUCUUGGGACCUCAAGGCGAGAGGUCUAAGCGCAAAGAUCGCUAUUUUUGUGACCAAGACCCUUGGGCAGUUAUUCGUGGCUCCUUUUUGCCAGCAGCGCUCAGCCCAGUGGGUGUCCGAAAUGAGGCAGGGCGACAUACCUGCCUAAGCUGCUUUUGUGAUUUGCCCCGAAUGGCGAAAGCUGUUGAGUUCUUUCUCGGGAUGACCGGAAAAGAGGGGAAGGCAAAUUAGACGAGAAAUCGGGGUCUCUCCAAUUAAAAGGUGCCCUUCAGUGGGCAGAUUUGGCGACGUACGGACAGAGUUGGCGCAAGAUUCAGGGCGACGAAUCAAGUUGGAAAUGGAGGUGGUCAGUUGGCCAUCACCUCUACCGAGAAACGGGGGUUUCGGACCGGGUUUGAAGCGGCCACGCCUUAGCCACCCUACGGGGUUAAUCUCCGUAGAACGUCAAGGCGGUGAAGUAGGGACUUAAAAUAUAUAGCAUCUUAAUAUAACAUAACAUAACAUAAUAUAACAUAAUAUAACAUAACAUAACAUAAAUUUACUAGAACCAAUGAAAUAAAGAUAGGAAUAUUUGAAUAGAAUUCAUUUAAGCGCAAAGGUAUUAAAAAAUUAUGAGAGCUAAUAAUAUGCAUCUGGCUUUCUUUUCUUUAAACCUUGAUCUCCCCUUUUCAAUUGAUGAAUGUCUUUUACUAAUUCGCCUACACUUGACUUUGAUAUAUUAAACUUAUAUACUAUAUCUUCAUAUGAAAGACCUUCAUUUUGAUGAUCCAGGUAGUAUUGUGCAAUAACUAGCUUAUCACCAGUUGCUAGUCUUUUCUCUUUCUGGUUUCUCCAUUCAACUCCAUUUUAUUAGAUUUAGUGCUCUUUUGACUUAAAAAUGCACUUUUUUCAGACCUUUUAUAAAAAAAUUUUAAAUAGAAAAAUAUAUAUAAAUAUCAAACUUUUUAAGUUAUGACCCAUUUAAUAGCGGACGAUUUUUUUCGUCCGCUAUUAAUUGGGGGGGGAGUAAGGCAAAAAUUUCUGAACUUAUAAACCUAGGGCUAGGGUAUAGGGCAAAAUAUAUAGUAAAUUCUGUUGAAAGAAUUGUGGAAAAAGGAGGAAACGAGUGAUUAAACUCGUUAAAGGAGAUGGAUUAUGAGGAAGCGAAACUGGAAAUUAUGGAAUUAGAAGGGAUUGGGCCGAAGGUUGCGGAUUGCAUUUGCUUGUUUGGGUUAAACCAUUUUUCAACUGUUCCGCUGGAUGUACAUAUGUGGAGAAUAGUUAGAGAGCAUUAUUUGGCUGGAAAAGCGUCGAAGUCGAUGUCAGCUAAAGCGUAUGCAGCAGCUACGAGUGCUUUUGUUAGUGUGUUUGGGAGCUAUGCUGGGUGGGCUCAUAGUAUUUUAUAUGCUGCAAGCUUAAAAAAGGCACUUCCUUUGAAAAGAAAGCUAAAUUUGAGAAUAAUAGUCAUUUAAUAAAUUUUAAUAAUGAAAAUAAAUUACUAUGAAAAAUAAUUAUUUUUUUAUUUUAUAAAAAAGAGUAAGAUAA